AUGAGUGGUACUGAACCAACUAACGAAAAGGUCGACAAGAAUGUGUCUGACGAUGAAGAUGAAGAUAUUGAUCAAUUGAUCCUUGACUUACAAUCUCACAAGGCUCUUGAUGAAGAAGAAGAUGAAGUCGUUGACGAUGCCACUUUCAAGGCUGUCCCAGAAGAGUUAUUAAAAACCGACCCAACCACCGGUUUAACUUCUGACGAAGUCACCAAGAGAAGAAAGAAGUUCGGUUUGAAUCAAAUGUCCGAAGACAAGGAAAACUUAGUCUUGAAGUUCAUUAUGUUCUUCGUUGGUCCAAUUCAAUUCGUUAUGGAAGCCGCUGCUAUUUUAGCUGCUGGUUUAGAAGAUUGGAUUGAUUUCGGUGUUAUCUGUGCUUUGUUAUUAUUGAACGCUUUCGUUGGUUUCAUUCAAGAAUACCAAGCUGGUUCUAUUGUCGAUGAAUUAAAGAAGACCUUAGCUAACUUUGCUUUCGUUAUCCGUGAUGGUCAAUUAGUCGAAAUUGCUGCUAGUGAAGUUGUUCCAGGUGAUAUUUUACAAUUGGAAGACGGUACCGUUAUUCCAGCUGAUGGUAGAGUUGUUUCUGAAGAUUGUCACUUGCAAAUUGAUCAAUCUGCUAUUACUGGUGAAUCUUUAGCUGUUGAAAAGAGAUUUGGUGAUGCCACUUACUCUUCUUCUACUGUUAAGACUGGUGAAGCUUUCAUGAUUGUUACUGCUACUGGUGACUCUACCUUUACUGGUAGAGCUGCUGCUUUAGUUAACAAGGCCGGUGCUAGUGGUGGUCACUUCACUGAAGUCUUGAACUCCAUUGGUACCUUAUUAUUGGUUUUAGUCAUUGUUACCUUGUUACCUAUCUGGGUUGCUUGUUUCUACCGUACUGUUAGAAUUGUUCCAAUUUUAAGAUACACUUUAGCCAUUCUUAUCGUUGGUGUCCCAGUUGGUUUACCAGCUGUUGUUACCACCACCAUGGCUGUUGGUGCUGCUUACUUAGCUAAGAAGCAAGCUAUUGUUCAAAAAUUAUCUGCUAUUGAAUCCUUGGCUGGUGUCGAAAUCUUAUGUUCUGAUAAGACCGGUACUUUAACCAAGAACAAGUUAUCUUUGCACGAACCAUACACUGUUGAAGGUGUUGAAGCCGACGACUUAAUGUUGACUGGUUGUUUAGCUGCUUCUAGAAAGAAGAAGGGUUUAGAUGCUAUUGAUAAGGCUUUCUUAAAAUCUUUGAUUGACUACCCAAGAGCUAAGGCUGCUUUAACCAAGUACAAGCUUAUUGAAUUCCAACCAUUCGACCCAGUCUCAAAGAAGGUUACUGCUAUUGUUGAAUCACCAGAAGGUGAAAGAAUUAUCUGUGUUAAGGGUUCUCCAUUAUUCGUUUUAAAAACUGUUGAAGAUGAUCACCCAAUUCCAGAAGAUGUCCACGAAAACUACCAAAACACUGUUACUGAAUUUGCUUCUAGAGGUUUCAGAUCUUUAGGUGUUGCUAGAAAGAGAGGUGAAGGUCACUGGGAAAUCUUAGGUAUUAUGCCAGUUAUGGAUCCUCCAAGAGAUGAUACUGCUCAAACUAUUAACGAAGCUAGAAGAUUAGGUUUAAGAGUCAAGAUGUUAACUGGUGAUGCCGUUGGUAUUGCUAAGGAAACUUGUCGUCAAUUAGGUUUAGGUACUAACAUUUACGAUGCUGACAGAUUAGGUUUAUCCGGUGGUGGUGACAUGGCCGGUUCUGAAAUUGCUGAUUUCGUUGAAAAUGCUGAUGGUUUCGCUGAAGUUUUCCCACAACACAAGUACAAUGCUGUUGAAAUUUUACAAUCUAGAGGUUACUUAGUUGCCAUGACUGGUGAUGGUGUUAACGAUGCUCCAUCUUUGAAGAAGGCUGAUACUGGUAUUGCCGUCGAAGGUGCUACUGAUGCUGCCAGAUCUGCUGCUGAUAUUGUUUUCUUAGCCCCAGGUUUAUCUGCUAUUAUUGAUGCUUUAAAGACUUCCAGACAAAUUUUCCACAGAAUGUACGCUUAUGUUGUCUACCGUAUUGCUUUAUCUUUACACUUGGAAAUUUUCUUAGGUUUAUGGAUCGUUAUCUUAAACCAAUCUUUGUCUAUUGAUUUAGUUGUCUUUAUUGCUCUUUUCGCUGAUGUUGCUACUUUAGCCAUUGCUUACGAUAAUGCUCCAUACGAUCCAAAGCCAGUUAAGUGGAACACUCCAAGAUUAUGGGGUAUGUCUAUUGUCAUUGGUAUUGUUUUAGCUAUCGGUACUUGGAUUACUUUAACCACCAUGUUUAUGAAGAAGGGUGGUAUUGUCCAAAACUUCGGUGGUCUUGACGGUAUCUUAUUCUUACAAAUUUCCUUGACUGAAAACUGGUUAAUUUUCGUUACCAGAGCUCAAGGUCCAUUCUGGUCUUCUGUUCCAUCCUGGCAAUUAGGUGGUGCUAUCCUUAUUGUUGAUAUCAUCGCCACCUGUUUCACCUUAUUCGGAUGGUGGUCUCAAAACUGGACUGACAUUGUUACCGUUGUUAGAACCUGGAUUUUCUCCUUCGGUGUCUUCUGUAUCAUGGGUGGUUUAUACUACUUAAUGUCCGGUUCUGAAGCAUUCGACAACAUCUGUAACGGUAGACCAGCCAAGCCACAAAAGGACAACAGAUCUGUUGAAGAUUUCUUAAUGUCCAUGCAAAGAGUCUCUACUCAACACGAAAAAUCUACUUAG